GCCGAGCUGAGCCGAGCCGAGCCGCGGGGCGGGCACAAAAAGCGCCGCGCCCGGCCGCGCCGCCUGGGAGUUGGCGCCGGGGGCAGCGCGGGCUCGGCGGGCCGGGGCUCAGCGCUGAGCUGCGCCGGGACGGGCGGCUGCCCCGGGGCUCGCAGGAUGCCGGAGGCUGCGCGGCGGCGUGGAGCGGGGGUGCUGUGGGCGCUGCUGUGGGUGGCCCUGGUGCGCUGCUACAACGUGGACGUGGGUCGCCCCGUGGUUUUCCAGGGACCUAACGGUUCCUUCUUCGGGUACUCGGUGCUGCAGCACUAUCACGACAGCACGCGGUGGGUCUUGGUUGGUGCUCCCAAGGCAGAAUCUAAAUACAGCACCUCUGUUCAGUCCCCAGGAGCAGUGUUUAAAUGUCGAGUCCAUACCAACCCUGACAGAAGAUGCACAGAACUGGAUAUGGGGCGAGGCAAUUCUCGGGGCACGCUCUGUGGAAAGACCUGCAGAGAAGACAGAGAUGAUGAAUGGAUGGGCGUGAGCCUGGCUAGACAGCCGAAGGCUGGUGGAAGUGUGCUGGCAUGUGCGCACCGCUGGAAAAACAUCUAUUAUGAGACAGAAUACAUCCUGCCCCACGGCUUCUGCAACAUCAUUCCCCCCAACCUGCAGCCCAACGGGAGGAAGCUCUUGCCCUGCUAUGAAGAGUACAAGAAGAAGUACGGGGAGGAACACGGCUCGUGCCAGGCAGGGAUUGCAGGCUUCUUCACCGAGGAGCUGGUCAUCAUGGGGGCACCGGGAUCUUAUUAUUGGACAGGAACUGUCAAAGUACUGAAUCUCACUGAUAACACAUAUUACAAGCUGAACGAUGAUGCUGUGAUAGCCAGGCGGUACACGUACCUUGGAUACGCGGUGGCAGCAGGUCAUUUCUCUCAGCCGACUACCACGGACGUUGUAGGAGGAGCUCCCCAGGAUGGAGGCAUCGGAAAGGUUUAUAUUUUCAGAACUGACAGACGAUCAGGCUCUCUAAUAAAGAUUUUUCAGGCUUCAGGGAAAAAGAUGGGCUCUUACUUUGGCUCCUCCUUAUGUGCAGUUGAUCUGAACUCUGACGGGUUGUCAGACCUGCUGGUCGGAGCACCUAUGUUUUCUGAGAUCAGAGAUGAGGGUCAAGUCACAGUCUAUAUCAACAGAGGAAACGGAGUGCUGGAAGAGCAGCUCGUCCUGAAUGGUGAUGGCGCCUACAACGCACACUUUGGGGAGAGCAUGGCCGCCCUUGGUGACAUCGAUGAUGAUGGCUUCCCAGAUGUUGCCAUUGGAGCACCUAAGGAGGAUAACUACGUAGGAGCAGUGUACAUUUAUCAUGGGGAUGCCAAUGGUAUUGUACCUCAGUACUCUAUGAAGCUGUCUGGGCAAACAAUAAACCCAAUGCUACGGAUGUUUGGCCAGUCUAUAUCAGGGGGAGUCGAUAUGGAUGGCAAUGGUUAUCCAGAUAUGACCGUUGGAGCCUUCUUGUCAGACAAUGUGGUACUUCUGAGAUCCAGGCCUGUCAUUACCAUGGACAUCUCCAUUUUCCUGCCCGCGUCCAUCAAUAUCACAGCUCCUCAGUGCCAUGAUGGCUUGCAGCCAGUGAACUGCCUCAAUGUCACAGUGUGCUUUCGCUUCAGUGGCAAGCGUGUUCCUGGAGAAAUAGGUUUGAAUUAUAACUUGACUGCUGAUGUGGCAAAGAAGGAAAAGAGCCAGCAACCCAGAGUUUACUUUGUGACUUCUGGAGAGACAGUGGGGCAGAUCACAGAGAAGUUACAACUGUCUUACAUGCAGGAAAAGUGUGAGCAUUACCUAGCGUAUGUCAAGAAAAGAGUCAAAGACGUCAUAUCUCCAAUUGUAUUUGAAACUGCAUACAGCCUUGGGGAACACGUGAUAGAAAGAGGAAAAGAGGACAAGGAACUACCUGCUCUCAAGCCCAUUCUCCGUUGGAAGAAAGGACAGAAAAUAGCACAAAGGAAUCAGACUGUUUUUGAGAGGAACUGUCAAUCUGACGACUGUGCUGCUGAUUUGAAACUUCAGGGUAAAUUAUUGCUGUCUAGCAUUGAUGACAGAACUGCCUACCUGGCCCUGGGAGCAGUGAGGAACAUCUCACUUAAUAUUUCCAUCUCUAACGUUGGGGAUGAUGCCUAUGACACCAAUGUUUUCUUCAAUUUUUCUGGGGAGCUCUUCUUCAUCAAAAUGUGGCAAAAGGAGGAGCUGGGCAUUGCCUGUGAGUUGCUGGAGUCAGACUUCCUCAAGUGCAGCGUGGGAUUUCCUUUCAUGAGAUCGAAAUCUAGGUAUGAGUUCAGUGUGAUCUUUGACACAAGCCACUUGUCUGGGCAGGAAGAAACACUCACCUUCCUUGUCACUGCCCAAAGUGGAAACCUAGAGCGCACUGAAUCUCUGCAUGAUAAUACUCUAACCCUGUCAGUGCCCCUGAUGCAUGAAGUGGACUCAUCUAUCAAUGGAGAAGUCUUCCCUACUUCUUUUUUCUACGGUGAUUCUGUGGAAGCAUCGAACUUUGUUCAGUUGGAAAACCAUGAAUGCCUUUUCCAGUCUCUCAACUUCACACUGCAGGUUUACAAUGCUGGACCAAGCACUCUCCCUGGAGCUUUUCUUGACAUUUCAUUUCCAAACCGCCUCUCUGCCACUGGUGCUGAAAUAUUUCAUGUUCAGCAGAUGAUGGUUGGUCAGGACAAAGGAAGCUGUUCUUUUCACAGAAACCCCAGCCCAUGCAUUGUUCCUCAAGAGAAUGAAAACAUUUUCCACACAAUAUUUGCUUUUUUCACAAAGUCUGGCAGAAAAGUAUUGGACUGUGAAAGACCAGGCAGGUCCUGCUUAAUUAUACGCUGCAAUUUAAGCUCGCUAGCCAAAGCAGAGUCCUGUGACAUAAGUAUCUACACGCUGCUGAAUACUGAGAUACUGAAGAAGGACAGUUCAUCGGUCAUCCAGUUCGUCACAAGGGCGAGGGUGCGGGUGGACCCUGACCUCAGAGUUGUGGAGAUGCCCAAUGGGAGCCCAGAAGAAAAACCAGUGGUCUUUGAGGCUUUGCACAAUCUGGAGCCUCGUGGGUAUGUUGUCGGAUGGAUCAUUGCCAUCAGUUUGCUGGUGGGAAUUCUCAUCUUCCUGUUGCUGGCUGUGUUCUUAUGGAAGAUGGGCUUCUUCCGCCGGAGGUACAAAGAAAUUAUUGAGGCCGAAAAGAGCAGAAAGGAGAAUGAAGAUAGUUGGGACUGGGUCCAGAAAAAUCAGUGAACUGCCCGCAAAAACUAAAGCCCAGUCAUGUGCCACGUGCUUGCUAGCCUGUAGGUCCUGCUCUCGUAUCUUCCAUAUGUGGAAGAAGGAAUCUUCUCCAGAUUUUUCGGAGACCCCAUUGAUGCUGUGUCUUUAUCACUCCAACAAGCUAGGGAACAUAUCCUGAGGCAACCACUGCAGCCAUGUCAGGUGACUGGAGCGAUUUACACUUCAUUUAAGAGCUGAACUUUGAACUUUGGUAACCAAGCUGCAGUGCAGAGCAAUAUUUAUGAAUCCAACUAUGUGGUAUACCCUCAGGGGAAGACUGUUACCUAAAAAUAUUUUUUAUAAAUAUAAGCUUUUUAUAUUGAUUAUGUCUUUAUAUUUGUAUCAAUGUUUUAUAGUUUCUAUUGAAUAGCUAUAUAGUUCACUCAAGCACUGAUAUCUGGCUAAAUCCUUGGAAAUACAUAUAUGUAUAUAUAAAUCCUAUUGUACUUUUAAACUUCAAUGCAAGAGAGAAGAGAGAUUUGCAGAUAAAAGUAGCUGAAAUCCUAUAUGCUUAAUUCACAAGGCUUGGUAUUGUUGUAUAUAGACCAUUUAAUGGCAAUAAGCCAAAGUCUUUUCACUAUCUCUUUUUGUAGUUGAAUUUGGUGUUUGAUUUAUAAACUAAAGAAACUAAAGUAUUACACAGAUGUGAUGUUCUGUAUCUGAGUCUAUCCUUUACUGGCCUGAACAGGAGAGGACAAAAACGCUUCCUCGGUGACAUGUAGUAAGACUUGUAGCUUGCUUUGGCUCACUGAAGACAGCAUCAUGGAAUGUUUUCCUUUGGAAAGUUUUCUCUUGCAGUCUGUAGUGCUUUGAUAAUGGUCUAGCACUGUACAACUGAGAUACCAGAAGGCUAUAAUUGGGCCAACCACUAUGGCAUUGACAAAUUCAUUGGAAUUUUAAAUAAAUAAAUAAAUAAAUGGAGCCAUAUUAAUGUUAAGGAUAGUUUUAAAGCUACUGUUAAUGAUCGUGAUCUGUUGCUAUCAAAGCAAGUGAUAAAUUGCUACAAGCUAUGAGAAUUAGGUCUGCCUUGUGAGUUUUAUACACGAGUCAUGAGUUUGUUUAUAUGAUAAUGUUAAGAGAGAUAAGUAGAUGCAAGGGUUAAAAUGUUUGGAUCUUUGGAUCUUGAGAUUCUCUAUCUGGGUAUUCCUAGUACUGAAUGUCAUCCUUCCACAAGCAUUAAGAAGGAGGUUUAGUCAAGGUGCAGACGUUACAGGAUCUCAGAUUGCUACUUUGUUCACUGGUAAUUCCUUAGCAAAUACUUUGCUGAAUUAGAAGAAACUUAGUUGUAAUUAAUUCAACCAUGUUUCUUCAAAAAGCUCUUGGAUUUCUGAACAGAAAUAGUGGAACUCUGUAAGACUUGGUUUUAGAUUCUACUUGUACUUUGCACCUUGUGUAAAUAAGAAGUAAAUGUCAUAUUGGUAUAAAAUCCAUUUAAGGGGAAGAAAGGUCAAGCUCUAUGGUAGAAGGUGAAGCAGGAAUGAAUGGUUGGAGGAUGUCUUCUUCCAUAAGGGCAAGGUAAAAGAACUGCUGGAGGUUUGGAAACUUGAAUGCAGAGAACAUGCAAGAAAUCUGCUUGAGAUCAGGCCUUAUUCUUGCUCUCCCUUGCCAAAUUCAUUAUAGCUUCAAAUUUAAAAAAAAAACCACAUCCAUAUUCCUGUUUGCUUUCCCCCCCCCGCUGGCAUUAAGUGCCUGCUAUUACUACAGUAUUGAUCAAUAUUUAUUAACUUAACUAUCUGCACCCAUUAGGCAGAAGAUGGUUUUUAAGUGAAUGAAGUGUAUUGAUUCAACAUUUGACAAGAAAAGCUAUUAGUCUAUUCAGAUAUCUUUCUUAAAACAAUCAUUGGUAAUUUGACAGAUUUUGUAUAACAAAUGAUCAUUUAAGCCAGAAUCUGAAAAAAAAACCUGCUGAGGCCAAAUCCUAUUAUAACCACGUGUAGUGGACUGCAGAUUUUUCAUCAGAGUGCAAAACCAAAAGGCUGAUGACCUUUGAUUGCACUGUUGUAUUAGAGGCUAUUGAAUUCCUCACAGCAUGGUAUUUCUGACAUCAGUUAGUUUUGCUAGUAUUUAAACCUAAUGUGUCUAUUUUUUUCUGUGGUUGAAAAAUACCUAAGACUGACAGAUAGAGGUUGGAUAUGAGAUUGAUUUACAACUAUGAAUUUAAUAAGAAAUUGCUUAAAAUACUUGCUGAAAAAAAAGUCCAUUAAUUUAGAUGUAAGAAUUUGUAGUAUCUGCCCGCUCUAAAACUGAACCCCAAAAAGAUUACUAAAACCUAAAUUUGCUGAAAAAAUAAUUCAGGGGACAAGUGAAACUAUUUGUGAAUUUAACUGAAUUUGAAAGUUGCCAUCAAAAAAAAGGAGGAAAUUCCCUUUGAAAAGUUGAAAUGCCUCAUUUCCACUUUUUAAACAAAAAAUUAAUUUCAAAUCUGCCAAAAAUGCUUCAUUACAAUAUUUUAGAAAUCAAGAUUUAGUUAUUCCUUUGAAACAUCUUUUUAAAGUAUAUGAAGAAAAGAUUUAAAAAAGGUAAAAUACCCAUUUAGCAUAUCAUAUUAUGUUGGACAAUUUUUUUUUUUUUUUUUUUUGGCUGAAGGCAAAAAUGUUUUUCUUACUUGCUUGAAGUAAAAAACAAAAUUUAAUCCCAUUUGAUUGAGCCCACACUGGACUUUUUUGAUCUCUGACUUGAAUUGUCUACUAUUGAUCCAGCACACAUUGUCACUCAGUGAAAACCUAGUUGUUAGCCAUAUUAGUGACAUAUUCUUGAAAUAAUCCAUAAAUUCUUAGUAUCAUCACUGUUAGGUACUCGGUAGCUCUGUUGCCACAAAUGCUUUUGGUUUUAUAUGUAUACUCUUCUUUUUUUCUUCUUUUUUCUUCUUUUUUUCUUCUUUUUUCCUUCUUUUUUUCUUCUUUUUUUCUUUUUUUUUUUUUUUGGUCAAAUUCCAUUGGUGCUCUUGGUUGGUUCCACUUAGAAUAGUGAGAUUUGACAAUGAAACAUACCAGUACUUAGUAUUAAAAUCCUGUAGAUGCACCUUUCCACUCCUUAAAAAGCAACCAAACAAGCCAAACAAACAAAAAAACCCACUAGUAUCAGUUGGUUGCAAUCAGUUUCUAACCGAAAAAUCUUAAGAAAACAUAAUAUACUUCAAGAAUGUGUAGAAAAUAGCUGUGCUAUAGAUCUGCUAGUUUGUUUGUUGUUUUUUUUUUAAAUUAAGAAAUAGUGAUAAAUGUAAUUGUAUCAAAAUCUAGAGACAUGGUUACUUUGGAAAUUGCUUCUAGGGCUCUGGAGUUUCCCAUCUGUCGGCUGCUUGUUAGUUCCUUUGUGCUGUACCACUUGUGUGGCAGAGCUCGGGGAAGUCACUGUACUGGUUCUCUCCAGUUAAUCCAUUUUGGGACAAAGUCAACAAUUGUCUUGGAUAACUUCAUUGAAAGGUUUGCUGAAUUGGCAUUGCAAUUUUUUUUGUGGCAGGCUGACUUUGCACCGGCUCUAAGCUAUGCGGCUGGAAGCUUAGAAGUGGGGCAGUAACGUUUUCAAAUGCAUCAUCUGGCACCUGAGUGAUCUUUUGUUUAAGCCCCGAAGCUUGCAAUGUGCAGGGUGUCUUCUUAUGAAUAGUACCCUUCAAGUUGCUUUUAUGGUAGGAAGAAAACAAUUUCAGAAAAAUGUGAUCAGGAAGAAAGGAGGGGGAAAAUUAAGGAAAAAUUCACUUACUGCAGAGCCCAUGCUGUUGCAACCCCAUUUAAUUUCCAUCUUGACAUCAAGAUGAUCACAGUCAUUUCAGAGUUUUGGUGGCCCACGGCACAGGGAUGAAUUUCACUUCCCAAGAUCAGAAAGCAUUUGCCACCUUUCACAACAUGUUUUGUGACCAUUUCAUUUGGAAAACCAAGUUUCUGCUCUUGGAAGUGAAUUUCCAUCAGUUCACCCCAAGCUAUGGCAGGGCUAGUGUACUCUGAGGCUGUCACUAGUAUGCUCUGGUACUUGGCCACUGUAGCUAACAAAAAUACUAGCUAUGUUUUUUCUGAAUAAACUAGUCUUUAAUUUGUUCAGUUACGACAAGGAAGUCAGCAGACUGUAGAAAAUACUGGAACAGCCUGCGAAUUGAAAUCGCCUCACAAAUCACUUGGAUUAUCUGAGAGAGAAGUUGUGCUUAAUGUGAAGCCCAAGCCUCUAAACCACUUCAGCAAUCCUUUCAUCUCAAAAGUGGGAAAGGCUUUUGCAAUGCCGAGCACACCAGUGAGGACAACCCUCUCUGCCUUGAUACAUGAAUAGGAAGGACCCUACAUACAAGUCGGUGAUGUGCAGGUUAACUCAUCUUGCUGAAAGCAACAGUUGUGCAAAAAUUGCAUUUGGCAAUAUUUAGCAUUGACUUUCUUGAAUGUCUGCUGUUUAUGGGCACGUUUUGGAGUCUUGCACGAGUUUCAAGCAUAGUAUCCAUGUGGCGUGGGAAUAUAUAACAUUGCUUUCACUAAAGGAUUAAGGGAGUUAUGGAACUAAUUUCUACCUUUGUCCAAGUUCAUCCGCUCGCUAGGGUUUCUUGGAUAUAAAUGAAAGUAGGAUUUGGUUCAUUUAGUGUACAUUGAUUACUGGCAUGAAUACUGUAAUUGCUUUUGGAGCAUGGUUUGCAUACGCAGUAGGGUACACACACCAUUGUCACUCCUUUUUCUUAGAAUGUCACUCCUUAUGUAUUGUAAAAUUGUAUGUUUCUUUUUGUGAACUUGUGGUUGGAAGAAUGUGUUCACUCUUAUUGAUGUCACCUGUAUUUAGAAGCUCGUGCUCACCUGUAUUAUAAUUCACUUGCACUGUUUUGGAAAUGUCAGGUUUACAAAAAUACAACUUUUUGGAAUAAAAAGUGGCUGCAAAAUUAUCCUAA